AUGGACCUAUUCCGUCAACGUUUACUUCAAAGUACAACAAAACAAUCUGAUUUCAUUGAAAUCUUUUCAGUUAUUGAUCGAGGCCGUAUAACAUUUGAAGAAUUUCGUGCAGCAAUUAAAACUCUUAAUAUUGAAAUCAAAAGUGAUGAAGAGAUAAAACAACUAUUUCGUCAAUUUGAUACAACAAAUAAUGGUCAAAUUGAUCUAAAUGAAUUUCUUCAUCAUUUAAGACCAGUUAUGAAUGAACGACGUCAAAAAGCUGCUUUAAAUAUAUUUAAUGCAAUGGAUGUUAAUAAAGAUGGAAAAUUGACAAUGCUCGAUCUUAAAACAAAAUAUGCUGCUCAAAUCAAAGCUAAGAAGAAAAAAUCAGAUCAAGCUGUCAAUCAGGUAACUAAUUUCUGA